ACAUUUACUUCGUUUUUGAACCCAAGAGUCUUCUUCCUUCUUCUUCUUCUUCAUUCUUCAUUCUUCAUUCUUCGUUCUUCUUCGUCGUCUGUGUACAGAGACAUACCUUCAUUUUUAAAGAGAGUGAGAGAGAUAGAAGAGACAAAGAGAGAAAGAGAUCAGAAGAAGUAACAAAAUCGUGAAGGGGGAAAAACUUAUAGAAGAAAUUGAAAUUUUACCUAAAAGGAAACGUUUCAAUGCGUGCAUAGAUAUCGAUACUCAAAUACUCUGAGAGAUUUAUUCUGUAACUGCGUAGCUCUCAGUUGUUUUUUCUCUGAGAGCUUUCAAAUUCUUUUAGAUCUUUGGGUGGAGGUCAAACUACAAGCUCGCGAAGACGGGAACUCUCGCCGUCUCUAGGAUCCGAUUCCGUUCAGGUUUUGAUUGGUUUCCUAGCUGCCAAGUGGAAGUUUCUCAUAUUAGCUGAAGAUAUUUGUUCCCUCAGAUUUGGCAGUGAGUUAAAGGAUAAGUGAGAUUGAGGUGUUGCAGUAUGCAAUAAAGGUUUUUAUGAGAUGAAGGCAAUUAGGGGGUGGCGUCUAGGCAAAAUUAAUUAUAUGCAGUCUUUGCCUGGGGCUCGCCACCGUGCUCCUACGAAGAAGCCAGUAUGGAUCAUCGCAGUGCUUUCUCUGAUCGCAAUGUUUGUAAUUGGUGCUUUCAUGUUCCCUCAUCACAGCAAAGCGGCUUGUUAUAUGUUUUCGUCUAGAGGGUGCAAGGGACUAACUGAUUGGCUUCCACCGUCACUGAGGGAAUUUUCGGAUGACGAGAUUGCAGCUCGUGUAGUGAUUAGGGAAAUAUUGAGCUCCCCUCGAGUUAUACGAAAGAGUUCUAAAAUUGCAUUUAUGUUCUUAACUCCGGGUACAUUGCCUUUUGAAAAGCUAUGGGACCUCUUUUUCGAGGGUCAUGAGGGGAAAUUCUCUGUUUAUAUUCAUGCAUCAAAGGAUACUCCAGUUCACACCAGUCGUUACUUUGUCAACCGUGAGAUUCGAAGUGAUGAGGUGGUCUGGGGUAGGAUAUCAAUGAUUGAUGCUGAGAGACGUUUGUUGACUAAUGCUCUUAGAGAUUCUGAAAAUCAGCAAUUUGUUUUACUCUCUGAUAGCUGUGUGCCACUACGAAGUUUUGAAUACAUGUACAACUAUAUGAUGUACAGCAAUGUCAGCUAUGUUGACUGCUUUGACGAUCCUGGUCCACAUGGAAAAGGCAGGCAUAUGGAUCACAUGUUGCCGGAAAUUCCAAAGGAAGAUUUUCGAAAGGGUGCACAGUGGUUCUCCAUGACACGUCAGCAUGCUGUGAUAACUAUGGCAGAUAGUCUUUACUACUCUAAAUUCCGGGAUUACUGUGGGCCAGGUGUAGAGAGCAACAAGAACUGCAUCGCAGAUGAACACUACCUGCCAACAUUCUUUUAUAUGCUUGAUCCUACUGGCAUUGCUAACUGGACUGUGACGUAUGUUGAUUGGUCUGAGAAGAAGUGGCAUCCAAGAAAAUACAUGCCUGAAGAUAUCACGCAUGAGUUAAUUAAGAACAUCACGUCCAUUGACGCAGUUGCACGCGUUACAAGUGAGGGAACGGGAAUAGUAACAUGGACUGAUUGCAUGUGGAAUGGGAUCAGAAGACCUUGCUAUCUCUUUGGAAGAAAAUUUCACGCUGAUACUCUCGAUAAACUGAUCGACCUCUUCGCAAACUACACAAGCAUUGUAUAGGGCUCAUGAGCAAUUUUGAUUGAUUGAUGAAAUGCAGUGCAAAGGAGGUAUUCUUUUGACUCGGAUUCUUUGACCAACGUUCAGUUACACCUAUGAAUCAAAUUAAAACCUGAAGCAUUAUCAUGGAACCCCUAGAAGCUGUUAACUCGCUGCAAAGUCCUUUUUAAGAGCAGAGAAAAUCGUGUGAUCUAAAGAAGCUUAGGAAGUGUUUGGGGUUGUUUUUUUCAUUUGGUUGGGGACGUUGGGACAUUUUUAACUCAUCUGUUUUCACUACAUGUCAUUGUUAUUUGUAGAAUUUUCAGAGUGCGUUUUGUUUUUCUCUUCCUUUUGGUGAACUCUUUUGUUGAAAAUGAAAUGAAAACAAGGCAUGAUGAGGUUUAUACAGUUUAAAAAAGCUGGGCAUUUGGCA